AUGCAUACUUCUCUCCUCAUCACGAUCAUUUUACACUACAAUACCAUUCAGCUCAUUCCUUCAAACAUUCAUUACCUACACUCAUUCAAAACCAACCCUCAUUUUACCAACACCAACAACACCACCAACACCACCAACACCAACACUAUCAAGAUGCACGCCUCUGCCAUCCUCGUCACUCUCCUUGCCGCCACUAGCAUGGCUGCCCCUAGCCCCGCCAUUGCCAACCACGAGGGGGCGGGCGCCGGUCAGUUCAUCGCCCGCCAGGACCCUAAGCUCAAGCAGGCUCAAGACAGACUCACGGGAGCUCGCAAUGCUGCCAUGGAGGCCAUCGAGAAUGGCGGUGGCAAAGGCCGCAAGCUCGGAGAGAUGAACUGUGGCACUCUCUGCAGCCAAUGCCAGACUGGCGCCGUCACGUCUGCUGUAGGAAAGAUUGCAAUCUGCGGUACCGCUGCGCUGGGUCUUGCUGUCGUUAGCGGCCCUAUCGGGAUCUUCCUCGACGUUGUCGGAUUUGCCGGCUGCGAGGCCGAGGCUAUCGGAGAGCUGAACAAGUCUGAGGCCGAGUGCCAGACCAUCGUCGGCUAA